CCUCCACCUCCUCCUCUGUUUUUUUUUUUCACUCUGUUUCUUCAAUUUCCUCAUCAAAAUUCUCUUAAUUGAGCAAUGAAUUCUUGAAACCAAUUCACUAUUAACAAUCAAUUAUCAAUUUAAAGCAAUGGGGAAUGGAUUAAAUAAGUUAACGAUUUGUAUAUCAGGAGAUAUUCAUCACCAUCAGAGAAGGAAUAAAGACUUGUGUUUAUCGACUGAAGAACCGUUAGAUGAAGGACUGGGUCAUUCAUUUUGUUAUGUAAGACCAGAACAAGCAUGUAGAAUUUCAUCAACAGCAACAGCAACAACAAAGAUACAUUCAGAAACAGAAUCGACUACAACAAUGUUUAGAUCAAUAUCAGGUGCAUCAGUAAGUGCAAAUACAUCAACACCACUAACAACAGCUUUUGAUCUUUAUAAUUCUUCGUAUAAUACUAGUAUUGAUAGAGCCUCAGCUUUUGAAAGUUCCACUUGUUUUGCAUCUUUUCCAUUACAACCAGUUGAAAGAGGUUCUUUCAUGUCUGGUCCAUUAGACAGAGCAGGUGGGUUCAUGUCUGGUCCAAUUGAAAGAGGGUUCAUGUCUGGUCCUCUUGAUCGUAAUCUAAUGUUUUCAGGCCCUUUAAUUGAUGAUAAUAAUCAUAAACCUGAUUUCAAGAGAAGUUUUUCUCAUGGUUUCUUAAAAAAGCCAAGAUUUAAGAAAGAUUCUUUGGUUAAAUUUCUUAAAAGAGCGAUGUCAAGAACCCGUAAUAAAUCGAUUGUGACACCGGUUAAAGGCAAGACGGAAUCAGAUUGGGGUGGUUUUGCCGGAUUAGACAAGAGUCAUACUGAUCCUAAUCUUACAAUAAGCAGUAGUGUUAAUUUGAGUAGUGAAAUGAGUCUUGGUGGUGAUGCAGAUGAUGAUUCUUCAGGUUGCAGUCAGAAUCUUCAAUGGGCACAGGGAAAAGCCGGUGAAGAUCGUGUUCAUGUAGUUAUUUCUGAAGAACAUGGUUGGGUGUUUGUUGGAAUUUAUGAUGGGUUUAAUGGACCAGACGCGCCGGAUUAUUUGUUAACGCAUUUGUAUGCGAAUGUUCAUAAGGAAUUGAAAGGAUUGCUGUGGGAUGAUGCUGAUAAAUUCGAAUCGUCUUCCAGUCAUGGUGAUCAAACAGCUAUCCCAAUUGAGUCUAUUAGUUCGUCCGACAAGGAAAUUCCGGUGGAUACCGGUGUGUCUAGUAGUAAUUGUGUGCAGAGUGUUGAGGAGCCGGAGUGUUAUCCAUUGGAGAGCAGUGAUGAUUGUCAUUCAAAAUCGAAUUCGAAGAGGAGACGGGGGAGUAAGAAUUUGAAGAGCCGGUUUAAAGGUGCAGCAAAGAAAUGGGAAGAGAAUCAAAGAAGGUGGAAAGGUGAAUGGGAUAGGGAAAGACUAGAACUUGAUCAGAAAUUGAAAGAACGGAGGAAUUCGGGUACGUCAAGCGUCAAUCAAUCUGAUGUGUUGAAGGCAUUGGGUGAAGCAUUGAGGAAAACAGAAGAAUCUUACUUGGAAAUUGCAGAUAAGAUGGUAAUGGAGAACCCUGAGUUGGCUUUAAUGGGUUCUUGUGUUUUGGUUAUGUUAAUGAAAGGGGAAGAUGUUUAUGUUAUGAAUGUGGGUGAUAGUCGGGCCGUUUUAGCUCAGAAAGCUGAACCUGAUCUCUGGCUUGGUAAAGCUCAUGAAGAUUUGGAGAGGAUUAAAGAGGAGACUUCAUUUGAUCUUGAGAGAUUCAAUGGGGAUCGAUCCGAACGUUUACCGGAUUUAAAUGCACUUCAGCUUACACUGGAUCAUAGUACUAGCAUAGAUGAGGAAGUCCGUAGAAUCAAGAGCGAACAUCCAGACGAUGCUUUGGCUGUGUCAAAUGAUCGAGUUAAGGGUUCAUUGAAGGUCACUCGAGCAUUUGGUGCUGGAUUUCUCAAACAGCCAAAAUGGAACAAUGCACUACUAGAGAUGUUUAGAAUUGACUACGUUGGAACGUCGCCGUAUAUCACAUGUUUCCCGUUUCUACACCACCAUAGAUUAGGACCCAAAGACAGAUUUUUAAUAUUGUCAUCGGAUGGACUUUACCAAUACUUUACAAACGAAGAAGCAGUCUCUGAAGUUGAAGUUUUCAUAGCUACCUCACCUGAAGGAGACCCUGCACAACAUCUUAUCGAAGAAGUCCUUUUUCGUGCAGCCAAAAAAGCAGGGUUGGAUUUUCAUGAAUUGCUUGAAAUACCACAAGGAGAUAGAAGACGUUAUCACGACGACGUUUCAAUCAUCGUUAUCUCGUUAGAAGGGCGGAUAUGGAGAUCAUGUAUGUAGAUAUAGAAAUAGAACAGAAGAACAUUCUCAGGCAUAUUUUGGUUUACAAAUCAUCACUUUUGUAAUAUACAAGUUUCAAGAAGCAAAAUGGAGAUAAUGGGGGGUUUAGAUAUAAAACAGAUAAUGAGAGGUAUCGGGGUACCUUUGAUUUAACCUCGUAUUGCUUUAAGAAAAGAAGUCUGAAUGGUGACAAGAAGGAUUGCUUGGAUCUCUAUUAUUUAAGACUUCUUUCUUUUUGAACUGCUCGUCUGUUGCUGAGCCAUACACAAGUUCAGUCUGGCGAGAAGAGGGAAAAUCAGUAACUGAUAUAGGAGCUGCUUUCAGGUCUACACCUAGCCUUUGCUCAAAUCUUCAAGGACAGACAGUCUCCUCAAAUGGCCUCUCUGUCGAAAUACCAAUCUCCAACCGCUUCUGUAGUA